CCACCUUCUCAUUCUUUCUGCUGGUGCCUAUAAGGGUGGUGCUCCUCCUUGCCACCUUUGUCCUCCCAUCACUUGCUGGCUUCCUGGUUGUGGUUGUGGUAAAUACACUUCAGCUUGCAUUUGGCUUCUGUCCAGCAGUGUGGAUUGGCUUUUUUUGUUACUGGGUGUAACAACAACUCUUCUCUAUCUUCUUGUGGAUGCCUGGCUCUCUACUGCUACCAUCAUGGGCAAAGUACUGUCCAAGAUCUUUGGCAACAAGGAGAUGCGGAUCUUGAUGCUUGGCCUGGAUGCAGCAGGGAAGACCACCAUCUUAUACAAACUGAAGCUGGGUCAAGCAGUCACAACCAUCCCAACUGUGGGUUUCAAUGUAGAAACCGUGACUUAUAAAAAUGUCAAGUUUAACGUGUGGGAUGUUGGGGGCCAAGAUAAAAUCCGGCCUUUGUGGCGGCACUAUUACACAGGCACUCAGGGCCUGAUCUUUGUGGUGGACUGCGCUGAUCGGGACCGCAUUGAUGAGGCCCGUCAGGAAUUGCACCGUAUUAUCAAUGAUCGAGAGAUGCGGGAUGCUAUCAUCCUUAUCUUCGCCAACAAGCAGGACCUUCCCGAUGCCAUGAAGCCACAUGAGAUCCAAGAAAAACUGGGCCUGACCCGAAUCAGGGAUAGGAAUUGGUAUGUUCAGCCAUCCUGUGCCACCUCGGGUGAUGGACUCUAUGAAGGGCUGACAUGGUUAACAUCUAACUAUAAAUCUUAAUGAUUAUUUUAAACCAUGACAAACUGUUACUAGUCAAUAAGAGAGUUAGCACGCAUAAGGAACACUGUGGCUUCCCAGAAAACAAUGAUUCUCUCUACUAAAAAGUUCAGAAAUUAAGCAUCCAUAGGAUUUUAAUGAUUGCUCACCUCUUCUCCAAUUAUCCUUUCCUUCUGCACAUUUGACUGCUUCCCAGUUAAAUAAAAAAUUUGCUUGGUGUUAAGAAUUGCUCUAAUCUUUAACUGUUAAUGAACAGAAACAUUAAUUUCUGUGGCAAACUUCCAGCAAUGUGGGUUGGGAGGGAAGACACAAGUUGUAGCUUUGCAAAAUAAUUUUUCUCAAAUGUUGCAAUGCUUUGACUUCAUUUAUUUGGGUUCUGGGGCUAAAUGUAUCAUUUCUUUUAAAUGUAUGCUUUCGGGUUUGAUAGUUUUCUCCCUCAUUUAUUUUUGCUGUAAAUUUGCUUCUUGCCAUGAUGCAGAAUAUGUUAGGUCUCUGUUAUCUAGUAAAAUGAAAACCACUGUUAAUGAAUUAACUGCAUUCUGUCCUCUUUAUGGCAAGAAUCUAAGGAAAUAAAAUUCUGAAUUCUUUUGGCCAUUGAUAAAUAAUAAAAGUAGCAUCUGAACAUAUGGUUGCACAUUAGAACCUAAUAUUAGGUUAUCUGGCCAACAAUCUCAGAAUAUUGAAAGUAAGUUGUUAUAUCAUGCAUGAUUAAAAAUGCAAAUAAGUUUCCAUUCUAAAUAGUAACCAUAUGCAGGAUAUGAGAAUAGUGUCAAACCACAGUUCCUGUACUUUGAAUUUGUUAGCUUUUCAGCUGCAAUAUUAAGCAAUUGCAUUAUUUUCCAGUUCUAGUGCAAAAAAAAUCUCAUUCCAUGAAAUGCAGCAAUAAUUUAUAAGCAUCGCUGUGACGUGCAGUUUUUUAAAACAUAAAACUUGAAUGGUAAAACUAUUCCUCUCAACAGUUGAGACAGGGUGGCAGUAUCACAAUUGGACUAAAAGCAUCUCAAAUCAUUAAUAUUUUUGGAUCUUUAACUUGGCUUAAUGCAGCUUUAUGAAUCUGAGAGGUUGGAAGGAACCUUCAUCUGCUUUUGUGUAAUUGUUAAAUGCAUCAAAAUAAAAGAAGGAUAUGAGAGUAUGGUUUGUGGAUGCCACUAAAUUAAGUGAAACAAGUAAGUGAGUUUGGAAAACUUGUUUCUUUGUACACAAAAUCACGUUGAACAUAUGCAGGCAGAUACAGGCAAGUUCUAUUCUUUCAUUCUGGCAGUACUUUUACUUUGUCUUUUGGAUGUCUACAUUUAUAAAUCCCUUUGGAAGGGUAGCUAAUGAUUGGGGUGGAGAGUGAGCAAAUGACUAUGAAUGUAAACUUCCGUGUUAUUUUGUUUGAAGGCAGUCAUAUUAUUUUGCCAUAUCUCAGCAUUCAAAUAACUGAUUAGUUAUCAGGGGAGAUUAUUGUGAAUUCAGGUUAGCAUAAAAUAAUUUCAAUGAAGUAUUAAUACUGGGUGCAAAAAUGUAACACAGCUGGUUUUUAUUCAGCCUUAAGAAUUAAUUUUGGAUUUCCUCAAGGAGUAACACUCAUCUGAGGAAUUUUAGGAAUGUAUUGCUACAAACCCAGAAGAAAAUUCCCAUUUUCUAAAGGGUAUCUGUUUAAAUUGGGGCAUUAUACUACACUUCAGUGUUUUUUCUAUUUAAAUUGUGAGCUAAAGCUUGUACCAAAGAUGUUUGAGGGAUACAAUUAUAAUGAAUUAGUUUCUUAAAACUCAAUGCUUAGCAUCACUCAACAGAAAAAAAAAUUAAAGUCUAAUUCUAGAUGAAUCUAUAAACAAUUUUAGUGUAAAAUCAGUGAAAUUAAUCUCAAUAGAAAAUGCAGCAUUCCUUCAGAAAAUAAACUUUUAAAACAUAAGAUGAGAAAAACGAACUAAACUAUUACAGUUUGAUUGUGUUAAAUACAGAAAUGUCCAUAAACAAUUAACUGUCUUCUGGAAUAGCUAAAGCCAAGCACAAAGUAGUUGCCUAAACUGGAAAACUUGAAGAUCUGUUACUGGUUCUCAAACUUUCGUAUAACUAAUUGCAGUGAAAACAUAGGUGGGUUUACCUUUGGUAUAGAGUUUGUAGUACUUUUCUCCAAAUGAGGCAGAAUCAAAUCUUCAUACAAAUGUAUUACGUUGGAUACAUAACUUGUGUAUGUCAUUUAAUUUUGUUCCUCCAGGUAUGCUGAUUCUCUAUGGUUGAAAAGAAUACUUUCUGCUUUCCCCUUUAAAUCAACAGUUUUGAAUGAAAAUCACAGAUGUUGAAUGAAAUAUGUGGCAAAUAGAUCAAAUAAUUUUUGCUACCGAACAAAAUGUACAAAAAUUUAUAAGUGUCCUUUUCCAAAGAAACAAGGUUUUGUCUUUUCUGUGGCUCAAAGUAGCCAUAAAAAUGGCUUUAGAUAUUUAUCUACAGCUUGCAAGAUUAAAUGCAAUCUGUUAGAGUUCCACUCCUUUAAAAAAAAAUCAGUACAUACAACUUCUGUGUUCAUGUGACUUAUAAAGGACAACUAAAUACAUUUUUGAAUGGUGUUAACUAUGUUUGAUAAGUCUGUAGACUGUGAUCUCCCUGAAUAAAGUAAACAGGAUUUUUGUGUCUGC